AUGGCUCUCGCUCCUCAAUUUGCUGGUCACCGUCUCGGCUCUGCUGUCGCUCCUCACACUCCUGAAAUCUACUUGGGCUACGCGCAAGUCUGGCCGUUCGUAGAGCAAGCGUAUCCGAACAAAGUCCAGUUGAACUUCCGCCAACAAGUCCAGCCAUGGCACGCAUCUUCGACGUUGGUGCAUGAGGCUGCGCUGGUUGUUGAAAAGAUCGACGCUUAUGGCCCCGUUGAGAACAAGUCGCAUCGCAAACUUCUUGCCGAGUUGGCCAAGAUUGCUGAAGCCGUGGGAGUACCCGGGUGA